UAGAUUAUGGACCAACAAAGAAAAACUUGAACGUUGAAUGUUAAAAGUUGAAACAAACAUUCUCACAACUUGAGCAAUUGAGUGUGAAACACACUGUAGGAAGACUGAACAGAAUAGCUAAAUAAACCCAUGUCCACAAAUUCAAAGAAGAAGAAAAACCGAAAUUUAUGCACUUCAAUGAUCUUGGCUAACGCCUAAAUUGGGUAAUGGCAAGGUCUAGUAAUUGUUGCAUGUUCCCAAAACGCGUCAUUUUGAUCUGGGUUUUCUGUAUUUUCCUCUUCUUUUGUGCAUUCAAGAUGAUCCUCAAGAAUCCCUCACUUCAUACUUCUACAUCAUCAUUAUCUUCUUCUUCUUCAGGUGUUCCAAUUUCAAACAUGGAGAAGAGAGCGAGAUUAUAUGAGAAAAUGGCAAGGAAUUUGGAUGAAAAUGGGCCAGCUUUCCUUAAAAAUGGAGAAACUUCCCAGUCAUUGUCAAUUUCUGAUUUGUUUAGCGUAAAAGAUGGUGCUGUAAUACCUAAUCCCAAGGCAGCUAAUCCUCCUGUACGAGCAAACGUUUUGUAUUUGAGUACUGAUUAUUCAAUUCCCAUAUCAAAUGCUGUAAAACUGGUGUUUUCACCUUACUUUGACAAAGCAAUCUGGUUUCAGAAUUCAAGCUUGUACCACUUUAGUAUGUUCCACGCGUCGCAUCAUAUUCAACCUGUUCCUGCUACUCAUGAUGAAGUUGAAGCCGAAGCAAAGGCAGUUAAAAAUGUUGCUGAAUCGCUUUGCCCAUUGAAAAUCGUUCUAGAUCGGGUGGUUUUGACUUCAAAUGGUGUUCUUCUCGGGUGUUGGCAGGUAACUUCUGGUACUGAUCCCACUACUGUACGCGCUAAGCUGAGGACAGCCCUUCCACGUGCACCGGAAAAGCAGCUUUAUGAUGAUGCUAUACUUCAUACUUCAUUUGCAAGGCUAUUGGGUCCUCCAAGAAUUCUAGACAAGGAGGCAGGUAAAACUUCAGACAACAUUCAAUUGGUUCAUAGGCUGGUGGCUCACCUCAACAAUCAAAUUAGUGGGUUUCAGGCUGUCGUUUCUGAACUGUGGUAUGUAGAGGAACUCGAUGUGCUUGCUCUUGGAUUGGAUGGAAGAAUGAAGGUUCGACGAUUUCAUCUCGGCUGCUCUAACACCUGAGAGUAUCGAAUUUAAACACAGCCAUAUGACUAGUGAUUACCAAUUUUUUCUUGGGCAAUAUCUGGGAAGCCCUCUUCAGAAGAUACUGCAGGUUGUUAAUAGAUACUACGGGAUAUACAUAGCAUAUUGAGUGGCAUUUGGAAUUGAUCAGAUCCUACUGUAUAUUUGUAAAACCCGUGAAGUCCCUGAUUGAUACAGAGCUAUUCUGUGAGUUCGACUUUCUAUCCCAUAAAUCCUCUAAUGGUAGUAGUACACUUGUACUGUAUAGGUCUGUGUCAUUUUGUCAUACUGAUGCUCGAGAACAGAAAUGAGCGUUCUUUCCUGCUGUUUUAGGAGCGUAAUUUUGUUGCUAGUGAACACGAAUGUACAAAAGGACAUGAGUUUUAGAAAUGAAUGCUGAUUUGAACAUUCGAAACACAUCAAUAUUGUAUUAGCUUUAUAAUAUAAUUCUCAGCAUUUUAUGGUG